GAAAACAGUACGAAACAUGGGAAAACGUAAACACAAACACAAUGACAAGGAUAUUCGUCGCAAGAUUCGACGUUUGGAGGAUAAAUUGCGACACAAUAGGCGCAAAGAUUCGGAUCAAAGAUCUGUCUCCUCGAUGUCAGGCUCAUCACAAAGCUCUUACUAUGAUAGACAAUCACCAGAUGUCGAAGAUGUUGAAGGCAGAAAUAGCGAGUAUGGCGAAGACUGGAUGCUUCGUGAAGAAGCCUUUAUGGAAGAUGAGAUUCAUGAUAGUACUCGCGGCUUGGCAUCGCAGGUGCAACCAGUGGUGAACAGCAGCAUAGCGAGCCCCUUGUCUCAGAUCGCUGUAGCGCCAGCGCCAGCGUCAUCUUUGCCGCUAAUACCUACCGUACCAGCGCCAGAACAUGUAGCCUCGGUUCAAACUAACCCCGCUCAGUCUGUACUACCCACAGAAAUAAAUAAAUCUACAACCGCACUCCCGCAAGAGAUCUUAUGUAUACUGGGAGAGGCAAAAAAGCUAGAUGAACCACUCGGUGAGUGUAUUCCUGAUGAGCUCUCUGAACGCUGGGGGAAAAUAUUAACGGACGGGCGGGCCAAGGAAGUGAAGCAGUCUCUCGUGGAUAAAAUACUGAUGCCUAGUAAUUUUUUACUAGCCCGUGCGCCUAAGUUAAAUCCGGAGGUGGCAGCAGUCAUUAAUGAAUCAGCAAAAAACCGUGACAUGCGUUUAGAAAAAGCUCAAAAUCAACUGGGCCGGGGCAUCGCUGGACUUGCCAAUUUAGCAAAUGAUCUUAUAAAAUCAGAGUUGGAUAAACUUGAUAUCAUCAAGAAAAUCUCGGAAGUUACCCAAGUCCUGUUAGACCUUCAUUAUGAAGAAUCAAUCAACAGGAACAAACUCCUAGUUCCGUUGUUAGAUAAGAAGUUCUGGAACACAAUAAAAGGGGUUAAAAGAGACGAAUACCUCUUCGGUGAAAAACUGGGUGAUAAAAUCAAAAAUUCUAAAGAUAUAGAAAAAUCGGGUCAACAGAUUAAAAAAUCCUUUACAUUUAACCCGGCGUUCCAGCAACGUAAGCAAGCGGCGCCGCCGGGAAACCCGAGAGCUCCUCCUCGCCAAUACAAGCCGAAAGCAACACCAGCACCGACGACGGGCAGAUACUACGAGCCUCAUCAGUCCUCGACGUCGGCGAGGAGGACGACUUCGAGCCAGCGUCGCGGGCGUCACUACUCGAGCAACAAAGCGAACGAGCGGAGCCGGCGUUAG